AUGUUGAAGAAGCUCUCACCUGCGGUUCUAUCGUCAUCCAUUCACCACCCACAACACCAUUCGCUGGCAUCCCAUUUGAAUAAACUUUUCUUUCAUAGUACUUCCAUAAUUUUAAAUGUUGGAAGUACUAGCAAUUUUCAUCAUUUAGCAAAGGCUCUUGCUUUGGAAACAACAACAACAACAACACAUGGUACCCGUUCUCCGAAAGCUUCCGAUAGCACCAAUACCACCAGUAGAAACAACACUUAUCCCAAACAAUCAAGUACCCCUAAUAAGUUCAUUACAAGAAGAAAGGAGAGAAACCAAGAGUUUAUGAGUGAUGAGAGAAAAGCAAAACUGGAGACCAUGAUGGCUGACUCGAAACUGAAAGCAAAAUUAUCAAAAAGAAUUAUACUCUACUUGAUGAGAUGUGCUCAAAAGGAAAUUCCGAUAACCACUGUCUACUUUUGGUUGGACAUGUUUUUGAAUCAUUUACAAUUGCCACUCGAACCUUCUCUGUUUGUCCAACUUUUAAGCCUGUGCAAGGAUGAAGAACAAUUAAUCACAGUGUUUCUACUCUCGACAGCAGCAGAAAAAGUAAAGUUGGAAGACGGAACUGAAACCAUUGAAUCUGUGUUUAAACUUCCAAAGAAUAUUCCAUAUCAGAAAGCCCAAUAUGAACGAUUUAGAAAAUUAUAUCCAUUGGACCAGCACUUUGGUGAGGUUGUUAUUUCCACCGCGUUGUAUCACAAUCUUGCAAGAUUGAAAUCAAAGUUCACAUACUUUUUAUUUAGAGAGUUGCAACAAACUAACAAUCCAUUAUUCAAAGAAUACAAGACGGUAGAAUGCUAUAACUGUGUCCUUUCUCAGUAUUCAAAACCUCCUUUUACUGAUAUGGGGUUGGUCCAUAAACUUCUCACCGAAAUGAAGCAAAAUGAAGCUACAAAACCAAACAUUAGAACUUACACCUUACUUUUGGAUUUAAUUAUCAAGAGCAAUUUUCCACAAUAUGAAAAGAUUCAAAGAAUUAUUCAAAUGACAAAAGAAAUGGAAUCGGCUGAUACUGCAUUCUUCAACAAGCUUCUUACAAACUUGAUUGACACGAAUCAAUUUAAAACAGCCGUUCAGCUAUUUAAUGCUAUUUACGAUUCAGCCAGUAGUGGAGCAGACUCAAAGAUUAGGCCGGAUCGUAUCACUUACCACAAAAUGAUUUCUCUUUGUUUUAGAAUAGGCAACCCUGAGAAAGCUCUUUCUAUUGCAAAAAUGUUUGAGAAUGAUCCAUUUUGCCAAAUCACUAGCUAUACAUGUUGCUUGGUCAUUCAAGGUUUCAUAGAUGCGGAUCGAGUGUCAGAUGCCUUAUUGCUCUACGACAACUUUAUCAAACAUCCAAAGAUUAAGCUAGAUCAAAUAUUUUUCAAUGCAAUUAUUUCAUCGGCUGGAAAAAAGAAUUUACCACAACUGGUACAGAGGGCUGUGAGAGAUAUGAAAGAAUUGAAGGUUGAACCGGAUCUAACAUUAUACUAUACUACUCUCUCUUCCUACGCAAGAAUGGGUUUAAUGCCUGAGGCAGAAAAGAUGUAUCAACUGUUUAAGCUUAAGGGAUUCCCUACUUAUGGAAAGCAUUAUACUGCACUCAUGCGAGGUUACUUCAAGUUAGAUAAUCCAGAUAUGGUUUGGGAUGUAUUUAAUCGAUUCUUGGAAGAUCAAAAGGCACGUGAGAAAAGUGGAGAUCCUUUACAUUUGGACUUUGCUAUUCUCUCAUAUUUACUUGCAGCAACAAAAAAACGAGAUCAACUUGAGAGUAUUUAUGUUCACUAUCAACAGCUUAUUGAAAAGAGAAUGUUGACAGAUGACUUUGUUUACAACGGAGGAGAGUCUUUCCCUGUUGAAGAAGAACCAGAAUUUGACUCUAUUGCCAAUACUUACGAGGAUGAUGAUGAACAAGUUGGCGCUUUUUCAACCAAAGAAUUAGAAGAUUUGUAUUCUGAGGAUGUCAAAUUCGAAGAAUCUGGAAAAAUCGCUUUCACUGCUGAUGUGAGACCAGAACUUUUCUAUUACAGACUUUGCAGAGUUAGCCUCUAUCAAAGACAUACUACUAUUUUAAUUCAAUUAUUGAAUCAUAUCCAACUUAUUUCCAAAAUGGAUCCUCAUAGUAUUAGAUAUUUCUCUAAAAUUGUUCUGCGCUAUCUAGCCACAACAGGAAAGAAGAGAAUUGUCUAUUUCUUUGAAGUAUUAGAAAAGUUGUUGAAUGAACAAAGAAAGGGAACCCAAGUGUUGUUCUUGCAAAUACUUGCAAACAGAUACCUUCCAACCCUAGAAAGGCUAGCAGGAAAUAUUACUUCACAAAGAGUUGAAAAUUAUGUGAGAUAUCGGUCAGAGGAUUUGCAAGAUCCAAAUUAUUCGCACGUUCCUAAUGUUACAGAUAUUUUGAGAGAAAUUUCCAAUUUGGCUGUGGUGUAA